CAUCAUAAUCUCAUCGAUGGUACUAUCAUUUGAGUUGCCAUUUGCACUCUUAUCUCUUCUCAAAUUCAGCAGCAGUCAAACAAAAAUGGGACCUCAUAAAAGUUCAAUAUAUAUCAUUGUGGUGUCAUGGAUUCUUGGUUUGCUUCGGGUAGCAAUCAACAUCUACUUCUUAAGCACCAGCUUUGUCAGUUGGCUCAUUGAUAGCAGCCUACCAGCAAUUGCUAACGUUCUCAUCAACAUCAUUGUUUUCCCUCUCAUGGCAGUGUACAUUCUUGCUGUGAUCUACUUAACCUUCAGGAAGGAGACUGAAGUAACAUUCGUCGACCCAUUGAAUUCUUCACAUGUUAACAUAGAGAGUGGUGGUUCAUUUCAAGUUGAUGGAAUGAGUAGAUCUGAAGUUGCACCCGUCAGAGAGGAUCGUGCAGAUAUUCCCCUCCCUGAUUAGAUAAUUAAGGUUCUAAUUACUUGGAUGUUGGUACUGAGUCCUUCACAAGUUAGUUCUUCUUCGGCACCAACUUCAUAUUGUUCAUUAAUUGUAAAUAGAGUUCAUUUGUUUAUUUGU